CUUCAUCAAUGUUUCAUGAACCUCAUUCUUCCUUCUCUCACUAAUCACACGAUUCGAUUGCAACGCUUCUUUACGUUCUUAAUUCACAUUCACACGUCAAUCGUUUCAGCUUCAUUAGUGAAUAUCUUGAGUCUUAUUUCUCGAGAAACUGUUCGAAUCAGAAGAAGAAGAAGUUUGUGUUCAUCUGAAGAAGAAGAAACAUCAAACACACAUAGUUACGGUUUUAAGAUCGCCGGAGCUGGUAAGUUUAUGCAAUUUCAUACGGUUGUUACAGUUUUAGCUUCCAGAUUGUUCGAAAAUACGCAGAUGCAUUUGCUAGGGUUUUGAAGCUGUAAUCCUUGCGAUUGCGUGUUGUUUGACGAAAUAUGAUGCGAAAUGUGAUGUGAAAAAGGAUUGUGACAUAAAUUGAAGCAAACUGUUGUUGUUUUCGAUUGACGAACUCGAGUGUUAUUGAUGAAAACCUAGGGUUUGUUUGAGUAUAGAUCAGCUGAAUUAGGUUCUUCAGUUCACUGGAUUUACUUCAUUUUUAUGAGAUUUGCCGUUUAGAAUCCACAUUGUUCUGGAAUCAGAAAUUCUAGGUUUUUGGAGGUGCAUUAUUCCUUGAGAAAGAAGUUAACUGUUCAGUUUACAUAGAAAUAUUCAGAUUUUUAGUAAUUUGAUGCAUAUGAGGCUUCAAAAGGUGCAGAGAAUUGAAAAGGGGUCUAAGUGGUGGUGAUGAUGCAGUUAUAAAGAGAGUUAAUAAGCAAGGGUAUUUUGGUCAUUUAAUAUGGACUUAACUGAGAAAUUUAACUGAAGUUAGGGCUGAGGACCAACCGAGUGCAUUUUUGACAAGUUUUGAGACCAUGCGUGUAAUUAGUAAACCACUGGGACCAAGUCUGCAAUUUUUGCAAACCACAGGGACCAACCAAGCAUUUAACUCGGUAUUUAAUGAUUAAAAAAAUAAAUAAAUAAACUCCUCUAAAUUCAAAUCGACAACUUCCCCCCAAUCUGCAAUGGCUUCCGAUUCACCCAAAAAAAACUGGUCAAUCAACGAUUUCGAGAUCGGAAAACCGCUCGGCAAGGGCAAAUUCGGCAGAGUUUAUCUCGCUCGUGAAGCAAAGAGCAAGUAUAUAGUGGCUUUGAAGGUGAUAUUCAAAGAGCAGAUUGAAAAGUACCGGCAUCAACAUCAGUUGAAGAGAGAAAUGGCGAUUCAAACUAGCCUUCGGCAUCCGCAUGUUUUGAGGCUGUACGGAUGGUUUCAUGAUGCGGAACGGAUAUUUUUUAUUUUGGAGUAUGCUCAUGGAGGGGAGUUGUAUGGAGAGCUGAGGAGAGCUGGUUAUUUGUCUGAGCAACAAGCUGCUACUUACAUUGCCAGCCUUACGCAUGCAUUAGCAUACUGUCAUGAGAAGCAUGUUAUCCAUCGGGAUAUCAAGCCGGAGAACUUGUUGCUUGAUCACGAGGGUCGGUUGAAGAUAGCGGAUUUUGGGUGGUCUGUUCAGUCAAAAAACAAGAGACACACAAUGUGUGGAACAUUAGACUAUCUAGCACCAGAGAUGGUGGAAAAUAAAGCUCAUGAUUAUGCAGUCGAUAAUUGGACUUUAGGUGUUUUAUGUUAUGAGUUUCUAUACGGUGUCCCCCCUUUCGAGGCAGACAGCCAAGCAGAUACAUUUCGAAGGAUUAUGAAGGUUGACCUCACCUUUCCUUCUACCCCUCAUGUUUCUGCCGAAGCUAAAGAUCUCAUAAUACAACUUUUAGUGAAAGACUCUGCAAAAAGGCUCCCCCUUGACAAGAUUUUGAAGCAUCCUUGGAUCAUCAUGAAUGCUGAUCCCAAUGGUACUUUCCCUAAAUAGAAGCAACAGAAAUGAACCGUAGCCCAAACGUGUGUGAAUUUGGUAGCCUAUUGCUGCUUCUUUAUGUUGCCUUCAUAUAGAGAAUGUAUGAAUAUUGUUAUGUAAUCUGUAUAAUCCUUUCUUUAUGUUAUAACUUAAUUAACAAAUCAAUUUAUAUACUGCCCAUUUGCAUGGAGAAAA